AUAAGUCGCAUGCGCCAAGCACACCCUAUAUAUCAACUUCACAAAAUUGGAGGAAACAUAACCGGAGACAACCCGCCCAAGUACGACCCUCCACGCGCCGCACCCCACACAUCCACAAUCAAAGGAGACAAAUCGCAGCCAAUGGCUGAUCGUCUGGCAAUCGCUCGCAUAGAAAUGGCUUCUCUAUCAACGGCCGCCGCCGUCACCACCGCCGCAGCCGCCUCUCGCUUCCUCCCGGCUGCCGCCUCCGCCAGACUCUCGCAUAGUUCACCUCUCGCUCUCAGCUCCGCCUCCGUUAGAUCGUCUACUCCCCUCACUCGCCUCUUUCUUCACCAGAAAAGCGCUGUGCGAGGGUUUUCGAGCCGUCGAAUUGGUUACUCAACGGCGGCGGCGCCGAGGUGCGCGGCGUCGGUCCCCGAGCAGCUGAAGAGUGCGCGUGAGGAUAUCAAGGAGCUGCUUAAGACUACCUUCUGUCACCCUAUUAUUGUUCGACUGGGUUGGCAUGAUGCCGGUACAUAUAACAAGAAUAUUGAGGAGUGGCCACAGAGAGGAGGUGCUAAUGGAAGCUUAAGAUUUGAAAUAGAACUGAACCAUGGAGCAAAUGCUGGGCUUGUCAAUGCUCUGAAACUUCUUCAGCCCAUCAAGGAGAAGUAUUCUAGCGUGACAUAUGCAGAUUUAUUUCAAUUGGCUAGUGCUACUGCUAUUGAGGAAGCUGGGGGAGCCAAAAUCCCUAUGAAGUAUGGGAGAGUAGACGUAACUGGACCUGAACAAUGCCCAGAAGAGGGAAGGCUUCCAAAUGCUGGCCCUCCUUCACCUGCUGCUCAUCUGCGCGAUGUCUUUUACCGUAUGGGAUUGAAUGAUAGGGAAAUAGUUGCUCUUUCGGGUGCACACACUCUUGGAAGGGCAAGGCCUGAUCGUAGUGGAUGGGGAAAGCCCGAGACUAAGUACACGAAAGAUGGACCAGGAGCCCCUGGAGGACAAUCAUGGACAGUGCAGUGGCUAAAAUUCGAUAAUUCAUACUUUAAGGAUAUCAAAGAAAAAAGAGAUGAAGACCUGCUAGUUUUGCCUACAGAUGCUGUUCUAUUCGAAGAUCCUUCGUUCAAGGAGUAUGCAGAGAAAUAUGCGGUUGAUCAGGAUGCAUUUCUCAAGGAUUAUGCUGAAGCUCAUGCUAAGCUCAGCAAUCUUGGAGCUAAGUUUGACCCGCCAGAGGGUUUCUCAUUGGAUGAAAGUAGCCCAGCUGCUCAGCCAGAGAAAUUUGUGGCAGCUAAGUACUCAACUGGAAAGAGAGAGCUCUCGGAUGCUAUGAAACAAAAGAUUAGAGCCGAGUAUGAGGGUCUCGGAGGGAGUCCAGAUAAGCCUCUCCAAUCGAACUAUUUUCUUAAUAUCAUGAUUGUGAUUGCUAUUUUGGCAUACGUGACAUCUUUGGUUAUGAACUAAAACAGUUCUUUUUUCCAAGUGAAAUUCCUGACAAAUUUUCUUUUCUACACUCGACUUGGAAAUUUUAAGGCACAAGUUUGUGUGCUCAUACAUGUUCAUCUUGGGAUGCACCUUUUUGCUAUUUUUCCUCUAUAGUUAUCAGAGAUUGUCUGGCUUGAGCUUGGACUUUUUCUUGAAGAGAUUAUAAGCUCUGCAAAUUUGGUAGGUUCAUCUGAAGAGAACUCUUUUAAGCAUUCAAAAGAAGCUGUAGGUGCGCAUAAAUUAUUUUUGAAAAGUAAGGGAUCCAAUAUUAUUUGAUAACAUCUUAUAAUCAUAUAACUCAAUGUUGGCUGAAUUAGAU